AAGGAUCGUGCAUCAAUGUUCUCCAAGUUUAGAUUCGGUGGAAGGAAGGGGAUGCCUGGAGAGUCUGAAUCAUCUACAGAUGGGUCAAAGACGGUUGAAGUCCCCUCAAAGGGCCCUGAUGGCAAAACCGUGUUUAAACCAAAGCAUCUUACAAUCUGCUGGAAGGAAGAGAGUCAAUAUUGGAGUAUUCCUGAAGGGGAUGGUCCUGCAGAGCUGCUGGAGGUGUGCUGGCUUGAUGUAAGUGGUGAAAUGCCUGUAACCAAAGGGAAGGCGUAUGAAGUUAGCUUUAUGUUAUCCAUGAACACAGAGAAUUCCUUUGGCUGGGACGAUCAUGUUACGGUGAUGGCUAGGAUAGGAAAGGAGGGAGAGUAUCAGCGCGAAAAAAUUGAUCUAUCAAAAUUAAGCGGGGAAGUAAAGGAAUUUCCUCCGGAUCAUAAGUGUCGGGUUGAAAGUGAUAAAAAAUCUGGAAGUAACGAGACGCUCUAUUUUGGCUUGUAUGAAGUGUGGACUAACAAAUGGAAGGGUGGUCUACGGAUUCAUGAGGCCAUAGUUCAGGAAAUACCAGCUGGGAAUAAUAUUGCUUCUACAUCUAAUACCCGUUCCGACGAAAUACCAGCUGGGAUUUGAUCAGCGGACCAGAUUGCAUCUCCUAGUUAUCUAUUAUAUCUAUUUUCGUCAGUGUCAUAUUUGAAGUUAUUUUGAUUUUCUUAGUUAGCCCAACCAUGGCAAACUUAUAAUAUGCACUGCUAGGACUCUAGUUAUUUAGCUAUGGUUUGAAUAAACACUAGUCUAAAGACUCUUUCUCCAGAGCUUUUCUGUUUGUCUUAUGAUAUGCUACGUCAACAUCCUAAAAUUAAUCCUCUGGGUUU